AUGCGACAGUUAGUAGAAGCAGGUUACGCAGAAAGGCUUCCACAACCUACACAGACAGGAAGGCCCGGAAAGAUCUGGUACUUACCUCAUCACCCAGUCCUGAACCAGAACAAACCAGGGAAGGUGAGGAUAGUAUUCGAUUGUGCGGCGACCUACCACUCCAUCUCCUUAAAUAGCCAAGUAAUGCAAGGGCCGGACCUCAACAACAAGCUGAUGGGCGUCCUUCUUAGGUUUCGGCACCAUAAGAUAGCUCUCAUGGCUGACAUUGAAUCUAUGUUUCAUCAAGUGAAGAUGGUGCCGGAAGAUCAUGACGUCCUCCAGUUCCUUUGGUGGAUGGAUGGUGACUAUACACGAGAACCCACCACCUACUGGAUGACAGUACAUCUCUUUGGCAGAGUUUGGAGUCCGUCUUGUGCUGGAUAUGCACUCCAGAAGACGUUCAAGGAUUAUGAGCAAGAGGUCACCGAAGACGUUGAACAUGCCAGACACAGCUUUUAUGUCGACGAUCUCCUAAUUUCGGUACCCUCUCUGGACAAAGCCAUAAAGGUGACACAUCAACUGCGACGAGUCUUGAGUAAAGGAGGUUUCAGGCUGACAAAAUGGAUCUGCAAUGAUAAGUCAGUACUCAACACCAUACCUCAAACAGAGAGGGCUACAGGAGUGAGAGAGAUCACCCUCAAGGACGGCCGACUACCCUCUGAGAGGGUGCUGGGAGUCCUUUGGGACCUAGAGGCAGAUGAACUUGCUGUUCGAGCCCAAACGCCACAAAAACCGGAAACGAAGCGAGGUCUUUUAAGCAUGAUUAGUUCUAUAUAUGACCCUUUGGGUGUCUUGGCUUCUGUGCUCAUCAGAGCGAAAUUGAUUUUCCAAGAUGAAUGUAGAAGACAAGCAGGAUGGGACAAACCUCUGACUGAGCCGAACGUAGCCUUGUGGAGAAAAUGGCUGGGCGAUUGGAAUGGGCGAGAAGAAGUCCGGAUCCCAAGGUGCUACUGGCUAGAGAGGAUAUCACCUCUACAUACGGCUCAAAUACAUAAUUUCUGUGAUGCCUCACAACAGGCAUAUGGAACAGUGUCCUACCUGAGACUGACGGACAAAAACGGACGCCACCACGUAACCUUUCUGUUCGGCAAAGCCAAACUAGCACCAAUGAGGCAACAGACAAUUCCGUGA